GAGCGCAAGCUCGUGGACUUUUCCGGAAAGGUCUACGUCGCGCCGCUGACGACGGUCGGCAAUUUACCGUUCCGGCGCGUGUUAACCAAAUACGGCGCGGACAUCACCUGCGGCGAGAUGGCGCUGUGCCCCAAUCUGAACGACGGCCAGUCGUCGGAGUGGGCGCUGCUGCGGCGCCACAAGGACGAGAAGUGCUUCGGCGUCCAAUUAUCGGCCGCGCACGGCGACCAGUUCGGCCGCGCCUGCGAGGUCGUGGACAAGUACGGCGACGUCGACUUCGUGGACCUGAACAUGGGCUGCCCCAUCGAUUUGGUGUGCUCCAAGGGCGGCGGCGCGGCGCUCAUGCGGCGGAACAAGAAGGUCCGGAGCAUCUUAGAGAUGGGCCUCGAGCGGCUGUCGGUACCGAUGACGCUGAAGAUGCGCACGGGCUGGGACGAGGACCCGAAGCUGGCCCACACCAUGGCGGGCUACGCCCAGGCCUGGGCCCACGAGCUCGGCCCGGGCUCCGUCGCCUGCGUCUUCGUCCACGGCCGGAGUCGGACGGCGAGGUACUCGCGGGCCGCGAACUGGGCCUACGUCGAGACCGUGGCGAGGUGCCAGGACGACGCCAUCCCGAAGCUGCCCAUCAUCGGCAACGGCGACAUCAUGUCCUACGCCGACUGGGAGGAGAAGCGGAAAACGGCGCCGUCGACGUGCGACUGCGCGAUGCUCGCGCGCGGCGCGCUCAUCAAGCCCUGGCUGCCGACGGAGCUCCACGAGAAGCGGGCCUGGGACAUCUCGGCGUCGGAGCGUUUGGACAUCCUCCGCGACUUCGCCAAGUUCGGCCUCGACCACUGGGGCGCGGACGACUGCGGCGUCGGCCGCUGCCGCCGCUUCCUCCUCGAGUGGCUCUCGUUCCUCCACCGCUACACGCCCGUCGGCCUCCUCGAGCGCCUCCCCCAGCGCAUGAACGACCGCCCGCCCAAGUUCGUCGGCCGCAACGACCUCGAGACCCUCAUGGCCUCCGACGACUCCCGGGACUGGGUCACGAUCUCCGAGAUGCUCCUCGGCAAGGUGCCCGACGACUUCUCCUUCACGCCCAAGCACAAGGCCAACUCCUAC